AUGGCGACGAUGCAAGCGUUUGCGCAUGGAUCUUCCUCCGAAUCGUCAGACAACGAAGACUUUCUGCACCCCUCAAAUGACCCAAACGCAGAAGAAUUUGCCGACUAUAACCCACGGAAACGAAGGCGUACUGGUCGCGACGCGAAAGAGAGCGCUGCAUUGGGUGUGUUCGGAUCAGAAAGUGAUGAUGAUGAUGGCCCUGGUAGGAGAUGGAAAAAGAAGACUUUGAGAGGAAAGGGAAUGGCAUUCGUUUCGAAGGGACAGACCAAUUUAAAUGAUGACGACGAUGACGAAGAAGACGAAGAAGGACAGGAAUACCUAGAGGAGGAGUCAACGAAUAUGGCUGAUAACGAGGAACCAGAGGAAGUUGCGGCACCCCGUGGAUUGGGUUUUGGCGCAAGAGAUGCACGAUUUCAGAGUCCUGCUGCGACAAAAUUCAAGAACAGCCCAAAAACCGGAACACCACUUGGUCGUGGCUUUGUACCUUCCUCUGCAGCUGUCCCAAUCCUGCUAGAUGAUAACGAUGAGAUCUCGACACCUAGGAUCGCUCGGCCGAGCGCAUUUUCCACUCCGGCAUCGAACGUAGGCGGCUCUUCCAAGAAAGCUGCUGCCUCAUCAGUAAAUGGCGGAUCAUUUGCAGCUCGAAUGAUGGCUAAGAUGGGAUAUAAGGAAGGUCAGGGCCUUGGCAAAGAGGGUACUGGUCGAAGCGGGGUGAUUGAAGUAGUUCAGCGUCCACAAGGAGUGGGUUUGGGUGCUGUAAGAGAAAAAUCGAAGCAGGAAAUUGAAGAGGAAAAGAGACAGGCAAAGAUUCGUGGAGAAAAAUAUGAAGACUCGGACGAGGAAAGAAAGAAACGCCGACGGAAGCCAAAGACAAGUGGAACUGAUAGUGGAAUGAGUGGAAUCAGCACGCCUAAGAGAGCGGCAAAACCAAAAUAUCGAACGUUGGAGGAAGUGCAUAGAGCAGCACCAGGUUUGGAGAUUCCGGAUGUGUUUGCUCCGAUUUUAGACAUGUCGGGUCCUGGCCAGCGACUUCUUACGUCAACUUCAGGACUUUUGACACCAACCGCCAAAUCAGAAGGCUUUGUGAGUGUGGAGCAGGUUGAAAAUAAGAAGCUAGCGAGACGAGCCCAGAACGAGCUUUUAGCACAUGUUGAGGAAUGGAAGAAUCUCGACGAACGAAAAGCCUACGUGAGCAUGGAGGUCUUGCAGGAGCAGCAAAUCAUCGAUGAGCUACAAAUCGAAUUGGAUCAAUUCAAGAUUUUUGUUGAUACCGCUCAGGACAUAUUACAGGCAUCAUCGGAUGGGCAGUGGGAUCCUAUCAUUGAAGCACUGAUCAAGGCAGACGAGCUUCAAUCCGGUGAUGUCAAUGGAGAGCUCUCUGAUACAGCUGUGGCUGCUGUACAUCCGUUUCUCAGUAGGGCAAUGGAGGGAUGGCAGCCAUUAGAGGAUCCAAAAAUCAAUGGUUUGGUUCCGCAAUUGUAUAAGAUUCGUCGUAUUCUUGGGGUAACAUCGAAAUCUCGAGAAAGUAAGCGACAAAAGCCGAAGUCGACAACCGCGUAUGAGACGAUGAUAUACAAGCUCGUCUUUCCCAAGGUUGUGUCGGCAGUAAACCAAGGUUGGAAUGUACAUGAUCCUACUCCGUUACUCAAUCUGCUGGAGGCUUGGGAUAGUCUCUUCCCUAGCUUUAUUCGCUCACUGAUACUUGACCAAGUUGUGGUAGGAAAGCUCAACGAUGCUGUUUCCUCUUGGAAUCCUCGAAAGCGGAGGUCGCAUGAAUUACCGCAUCUAUGGUUGUUUCCUUGGUUACAAUAUUUGCCGGCUCAUCACGCAGAUCCCAAAAGCUCUACGGGUCUGGUCAGUGAUGUGAAACGCAAAUUCCGUCAACUUGUCGACUCAUGGGACUUUCAUAAAGGUGUUGUCCCAGGUCUUCAGCAGUGGAAAGAUGUUCUUCGACCUAGCUCUAGCAAUGAUCACUGGACACCACUAAUCAUGAAUCACGUUCUACCAAGCAUGGGCCGCUUCCUCAAGAACCCAACAAACUUUGUGGUUGAUCCAACAGAUCAGGCUCCUUAUAUGGCUGCGAUACAAGGCAUAUUUGCCUGGCAGGAUAUUCUCAAACCACGUAUGGUAGCUCAAGUCAUCGUCGAGACUGUCUUUCCUCUGUGGCAUGAGAUCCUACACCAAUGGCUCACCAAAGUCGGUCCCAACGAGGAAAUUGGUCAAUGGUUCGAGUGGUGGCGCGAUGAGGUCUUCCCGCCAAGCAUGAAAGAUCUGCCUUUAAUCAAGGCAGAGUUUGCGAAAGGUCAUGAAAUGAUUAUCCAAGCCCUCGAUCUUGGAUCCAACGCUGCGUCACUUCUCCCCAAACCCAAAACAGCCUCUCGCCACACCUCACCACUCCCCGCAAUCACACCCGUCACCCCAGCCAAAGUCAUCAACCCAGAAGAGCCCACCUUCCGCGAAAAAAUCGAGGACUGGUGCAUCGAAAACGAUCUCCAAUUCCUCCCAGAAAAGAAAGUGCUUCAUUCUGCGGGCCCGCUAUACCGGAUCACUGCUGCUGGGAACGGGAAGAAUGGGACUCUUGUGUAUUUUAAGGGGGAUGCGUUGAUUGUGAUUAGUAAGAAGGGAGGUGAGAACGUGGAGGUGAGAAUUAACUGGGAGAGUGCGGAUGCGAGGGAUGCGGUGUUGGAGAUGGCUUGGUCGAAUGUGAAAUAA